AUGCCGCGCCCCCAAUCGCCCAGCCGGUCCAGCACAGCCAGCGGCCCUGGCGGCGGCUCCGCGAAAACCGCAACCAAGCGCCUCCUCAAGGAGAUGGACACAUGGCGCAAGGAGCAGAGCGACGAGAAGGGUAUCGAGCGGCUCGGCCCCAUCAGCGACGAAAACCUCCUCGAGUGGGAGAGCGUCAUCAACGGCCAAGGCGUGGGAGCAGGCUACGACGGCAAGGCGCUCCCCCCCCCUCUCCUUUCCCUGGAGCUUUUGUCCAGGCGGACGCUGGCUCGUCUCCAUCUCCGUGCCGCCGACGUACCCCCUGCAGGCGCCCAAGAUGCGCUUCGUCACGCCCAUUGUGCACCCCAACAUUGCGCUGCAGACGGGCGAGAUAUGCCUGGACCUGCUCAAGGACGCGUGGACGCCGGCGUACAGCGUGCUGGAGUGCGUGCGCGCCGUGCGCAUGCUGCUGAGCUGUCCCGAGACGGACAGCCCGCUCAACGUGGAUGUCGCGGCGCUGCUGAGGGGCGGCGACGUCGUUGGCACGCGGAGGCUCGUCGAGUGCUGGUGUGCCGAUGA